CGAGAGUCACCAUGCUUAAGGCCGCGUGGAGAGCAGUGAGCUUAUUUGGAUUCCGGGCAGCGACCCAGGCCCCAGUCUUUGGUCUGCCGGGCAGAGGGAGGGCCAGGCUUCUCUCAGACCAAUGGGGCCUGCAGCCUCAAAGUCUUCUACAGGCUGCUUGUGGAUAUGCCACCCAGAAUCCAGUCCAGCCCUGCCACGACAAUGACCCACCCCCUUCUACGCUCCUCAAAGACUACCAGAACGUCCCUGGAAUCGAGAAGGCUGACGAUGUUGUGAAAAGACUGUUAUCUUUGGAAAUGGCUAACCGGAAAGAAAUGCUGAAAGUCAAGCAAGAACAGUUGAUGAACAAGGUCAUGGCAAACCCUGAGGACACCAGAGCUCUGGAGACUCGAAUUGUUGCCUUGACUGUCAAGAUCCGCAAUUAUGAAGAACAUAUGCAGAAACAUCGAAAGGACAAAGCCCACAAACGCUAUCUACUGAUGAGCAUUGACCAGAGGAAGAAGAUGCUCAAAAAUCUCCGGAAGACCAACUACAAUAUAUUUGAGAGGGUAUGCAGAGAAUUGGGGAUCGAGUACACCUUCCCCCCUUUGUACUACCGAAAAGCCCACCGCCGCUUCUUGGCCAAGAAAGCUCUGUGCAUCCAGGUUUUCCAGGAGGUACAAAAGCUGAAGAAGCAGAAAAGGGCCUUAAAAGCAAAAGCAGCCCUAAAACAAGAUGACCAUCAGAAUGAAGAAGCCCAUUCUAAAGCCUAUGCAGAGGCACUCGAAGAAAACUAAUAAAGUAUAUAAAAAUUC